AUGGAAAAGAUCUCCUUUGUACUUUUGGUUGUGGUCCUUAUUGCCUUUGUACAUGUCUCUGAGGCUCAAUCUUCUAAAGAAGGCGAAGAAAAAGUAAUUGAAAAAGACCUGCAUGAAGCAAAGGACUUAAUCGAAGAUGACUUGAAGGAAAAGGAAAAGAACAUCAAGAGCUUGGAAAGCGAGGUGAAUAUGUUAACCAAAUCUGAGAAGAUGUUGAAUGACAUCGGAGAAGCUUACAAAAAUGGUACGAGUCUAGAACCUUACGGGAAAAAGCUCAAGAAAUUUAAUAGGAAGGUUAAGCAGGCACCAAAGGGAAAGAGAUACGGAUCCGUAGUUCAAAACAUUUUGAAGGAUUUGGGAUUAAACGGAGGGAGAAACUGAAACAAUAUUAACUAGGGUUUGAUGGAUGUUUUGAUGCGUUUUAGGAGGUUUCAAAUUGUCUUUACAAAUGAGAUGAGCAAAUAUCUUUCACAUAGUAUGUAUUUAA